AUGUUCGAUCUAAACCUCGAGACCGCGUCAGGCCCAGCGGUCGUGCGCAUCGGCCUCCCGCCCUCCUCGUUACUGAAAUUCCCCCCAGACGAACUCCCUACCACUCUUCCAGCUCCCCAGGUCUCCGAACCGACAUGGAACCAACCCUUCAAUAUCCCUCCCCAGCUGUAUAACCAACUGCUAGAUGUGCGCGUCCCCAUCACCAUUGCCAGUGUGUAUGCCGUCACCGUUUGCCUGCUCAAUCGCGUGAACAAGAGUCGCGGAUACAAGCCCUGGGGGUUCAGUCAGACAAAGCUCUUCAAGGCUUUCGUCAUCCUUCACAAUGUUUUCCUUGCCGUGUACUCCGCAUGGACUUGCGCCGGCAUGUUCCAGGCGUUCCGCAACUCGUGGCCAGACCGGAAUGAUCCCAACGGCCUUGUGGGCGUGGUGGAUGCGCUCUGCAAGAUCAAUGGUCCCCGAGGCUACGGAAAUGCCGCCACGUACAACCCCUUGGCCAACCAGUGGUCCAUUCACAAUCCCGAAUACAAGCUCGCUGAUGGUGGAGUACCCGACCCCACCGAUGUCGGUCGCAUGUGGAAUCAGGGAUUGGCAUACCUGGGCUGGAUCUUCUACCUGUCAAAGUUCUACGAGGUUUUGGAUACUGCGAUUAUUCUGGCCAAGGGCAAGAAGAGCUCGACCCUGCAAACUUACCACCAUGCCGGUGCCAUGAUGUGCAUGUGGGCCGGUAUCCGUUACGUCGCCCCUCCCAUCUGGAUCUUCACCCUGGUCAAUUCGGGAAUCCAUGCGAUGAUGUACACUUAUUAUACCCUGACUGCCCUACGCAUCCGUGUCCCCACCGUGAUUAAGCGCUCCCUGACCUCCAUGCAAAUCACCCAGUUCCUGGUCGGAACCACAUGGGCUGCCUCCUACCUCUUUGUCCACUACACUCUCCCUCCCCAGUCUAAGGCUGCUGCUGCGGCAUCUGCAGUCCGCUCUACCAUGGCGACCGCAGCUGCUUCCGGUGUCGCCCCAUGGCUCAAGAAGCUUGGCUUCCGGGCAGCUGGCGCGGAAGGGAUUGCCGAAAAUGUUGGCUAUGCGCCUGAGAUCGCUGGAAAUGUAUCGCAGCCUCAUGUGGGUCCCAUGGUUACUUGCAUGGACACCAGCGGCCAAGCAUUUGCGAUCUGGCUCAACGUCACUUAUCUUCUGCCCCUGACUUAUCUUUUCGUCCGCUUCUUCAUCCGUUCUUAUCUGUCUCGCAAGGACCCCAGCCCUCAGCAGGCCACCCACAUGCAUGCCGCCGAGAAGGCCGGUCUCGAUGCAUUGCACCGCGUGAGCCGUGAGAUUCAGAAGUCCGUCGAGAUGAGCGGCGAAACGAGCGAAGCCACUGAGGAUGAAGCUAUCAACAAGGCCCAGGCACUCCGGAAGAAGUCCCAACAGGUCGCCGCCGAUAACUCCCCGAUCCGGACUCGCGCUUCUUCGAAGCAAAAGGCACGUCUGGCCAACCAAGAGUCUGGACAGGGUUUCUCCCCGGUAAAGAAUGGCGCUAAGAAGCUCACCAGAGAGGAGGUUGAGGCCCCCACAGACGUUUCCGGCGUCAAGGACAAGAACCCCUAUGGCGUCCUGAACAGAAAUGCUUAG